CAAUAAAAUUAUUUUCAAUGAAUGAUCAUAAAUGUGACUUUAUAAUUUUUAUUUUUAAUUAUUUAUAAUUACUGUUUAAAAUAAAAAUUUUUCAUCAUAAAAUAAAAAAAUCAAUUUGCAUAAUUUUUUACUUUUUCUUUAUUUUGGCUCCAUCUAUCCAUACUUUUUGAAGCUCACAAAUAUAUAACACACGUAUACAUAUAUAUAUAUAUAACACAUACACUAUAUGUGUAUAAUUACAAACUCAUGCAUGUCUUUGUUAGUACGGAGAACUGUAUCAACAAAGAAGUUUCAAGUGACAGUUCAAAUGUAUACAGGAAAAAAUAAUAACAAUAAUAGUAUAUAGUAAACAUAAAAUGUUAUAUUUUUACACAAGUAGUUGUGUAUUAAAUAACAAUACAUAGAUGUUGUUUAUUUCAAGUAAACUAAUAACGUGGCAUUUAAAAUAUGCCUCAACAAAAUCCAUCAGAUCAGUAUUCGACUGGGGUCGGAUUGAUUUAUAUUUUUAAUUUAAUUGUUGGAACUGGUGCAUUGACAUUGCCAGCUGUUUUUAGUAGAGCAGGAUGGCUUCUUGGAACUCUAGUUAUUGUAACUCUUGGUUUUAUCAGUUUCAUCACAGUAACAUUUGUGAUAGAAUCUAUGGCAUCAGCAAAUGCUAUAAAUGUUUGGCUGAAAAUAAAAACAAAAAAAAAAGCUCUUCAUAGAAUUGGUGAAGCUGAAUUUGUUGAUUCGGAUUCGGAGGAAACACCACUGGUUGUUGAAUCAUCUGUAAUAAAUGAUGAUGCUGAAAUAACAUCUAAAUUCUAUACAAUAAAUGAUAAAAUAGAAAUAGGUGAAAUGGCAUCAAUAUUUUUUAACAAACUAGGAGUUUCAAUGUUUUACAUUUGUCUAGCCGUUUAUUUAUACGGUGACUUGAGUAUUUAUGCAGCUGCUAUUGGAAAAUCAUUAGCAGAUGUUGCUUGCAAUUAUUUACCAGCAAAUUUAACAUGUAAUGAUACAAUACCAGAUAAUGUAUCCUGCUGGGAAGGUUCAUCUGUCACAAGAUUUGAUGCUUAUCAAAUAUCUUUGACAACUUUUAUCUUGCUGCUUGGUCCUUUUGUAUUUUUUAAUAUUCAAAAAACUAAAUACCUUCAAGUAUUAACGUCAAUAAUGCGCUGGUUAGCAUUUACAAUAAUGAUUAUUUAUGCACUGAGAAUUCUUAUUGUCAAUGGUCCUCAAGCAUCACCUCCAGCCGCUAAUGUAAAUGGUAUCCCGGGACUUUUCGGAGCUUGUAUUUAUUCAUUUAUGUGCCAUCAUUCAUUACCGGCGUUAGUAGCCCCAAUAACAAAUAAAAAAAAAUUGAAUCGUUUUUUAUUAUUUGAUUAUACAUUAAUAGCAGGUUUUUAUUUAUUACUAGCAAUUACCGGUGCUUUCUCUUUUGCUCAUCUCGACGAUUUAUAUACCCUAGAUUUUGGGCCUCGCGGCGCUGGUGACUGUUCCAAAAACACAAAUAUUUUUUUAAUUAUUAUUGAAUACUUUCUUGCUUUAUUUCCCGUGUUUACAUUAUCAACUAGUUUUCCUAUAAUAGCAAUAACAUUGAGAAACAAUUUAUCAUCACUGUUUCUUAAGAACACAACAGUAUACAAUAUAUGUCUUCGUAAAAUAUUAUUUCCAUUUUUAGCAAUAAUUCCACCUUAUGUUAUUGCAAUGUCAACUAAAAAUUUGUCAUUUCUUGUUGGAAUUACGGGUUCAUAUGCUGGUGCAGGUAUACAGUAUAUAAUACCAACAUUUUUAGUUUAUUAUGCUCGUAAAAAAACUUGUAAUAUUAUUGGUGUUAAUGUUAUAAAUAAUUUUAAAAGUCCAUUCCUUAGUAAUUAUUGGCUUUGGUUCGUUUUUAUAUGGUCUGUUGUUUGUAUGAUUUUAGUAACUGUUAACUUUGCUGAACAUCAUUUUUAAUUUAUUUUAUUAUUAUUAUUAUUAUUAUUAUUAUUAUUUUUUUUACUCGCAUUUUAUACUGAAAUAUAUAUAAAUAAUUUUUUAUGUAUUAUUAAGGGCAUUCUCAGACAGUGCCUCCGGUCACUCGGAGUUCCGGAGUUUAAAAAAAAAUCACUCUGCAUACGGAGUAAAUAAGUUUGGAUUUUCCGUGGAAUGAUUUCGGAGUGAUCUGUAUUUUAUUUAAAUCUGCAUUUACUCCGAAUCGAAGUUUCAAUAUUAAAAUAAACUUCCCUUCGGAGUGAAUUUCACUCUGAGGGGAUUAAAUAAAUAAACAGUCAUCCACUUCACAUUCACUCCGGAUUUAAUCCACGUUUACUCCGCAAAUUUUUUACAGUGCGAUCGUAUUAAAAUUUUAUUAAUUAAUUAAUAAAAAAAUUAAAGCAUUAAUUGAAAAAUAUAGGCCAGUAUUCAUAGUCAGGCCUUACGACAUAAGAUAUUAUUUAGCAUGGGUAAGACGGUCAUAAGCUGUAAGAUCUGACUAUGAAUACCGGCCAUAGAAUUAAAAAAAAAAAAAUUAGUCACAGUUGUCAUCAGUUAGAAGUUAAACGAAAUUUAUUAAAAAAAGUUUAGCCUAAAAAAUUUUACAUUUCGAAUUUCAAAAUUGACAUAAAGAUUUUACUGAAAUUUAUUUAAUAACUUUCGUUUGACUCCUAAUUGAUAACAACAAAUAAUUUUUUAAAUUUAUAUCUCGGUGAAAUUGUAACUGCGUUGUCCUGUUUUCAAUGAAUGUUUUAACUUUUUCUCGAAUAAUUGAUAAAAUUUUAAUACAGUUAUGACAGUUCAAGGCCAUUGAAUAUUUUUAAAAAGUGAGGGGUUUUGUCUGAGAAUGCCUUUAAGGCUGGGCCGUAUUAACCGAAUUUUUGAGUUCUACUUUUCUUUUAAUUUAUUAAUCAAAUGUUAUUACAGCAAUUUUUAUAGUUUCCGAAAAAAUUUGUAAAACAAACGUUUUUUGGAAUAUUUUCAUCAUUUGAAAAUUCGGUUAGUGCUGCCUACCCUCAAGUA